AAAAGGAGGCGGGGGGUGGGGAGGGACUGUUCAUACCACUUGCUGGAGCUGUCUGCAUUUUCAUCCAAGCCUAUGAACGGACAUCAGAGUGCCCUUAUGGUAUUUUGCACAAAAGGCUCAGUGUUCAUGGCUCUACUCAGAGAACCCAAAAUAGCAUUGAGUAAGCAGUGACAUAGUGACAUAGUGGUACUAAAAACGCAGGCAUCCGUAACUCAGAGCAGUAACCCAGAUGUCAGGUUCGGCGAGAAGCUGGUGAAGCAAAAUAAGAAGCCUUCCUCCUGCUGUUCCUUCUGCGUUCAUCACGAAUUUGGAAGCUCAGUGUUGGGAGACCUCCUAGAACUGGAAGAUACACAGCUACUGUUUCCUCCGAAGAAUACCAGUUGGAAUCAAACGAGCAGAAUGGAUUAUUGCUUAUUGCUGCCUUUUACGUUGGGAAUUUCUCUCCUAUGGCCUUGCUUUAUGGCAACAGAAAUCUCUCAAACAGAGGAAGUUAAGCACCCAGUGGAUUCUCAUUUGAGAGUGAAGCGUGGUUGGAUGUGGAACCAGUUUUUUGUACCAGAGGAAAUGAAUAAGACUAAUUAUCACAUUGGCCAGCUAAGAUCUGAUUUAGACAAUGGAAACAACUCUUUCCAGUACAAGCUUUUGGGAGCUGGAGCUGGAAGUAUUUUUGUCAUUGAUGAGAGAACAGGUGACAUUUUUGCCGUCCAGAAGCUUGAUAGAGAGGAACGAUCCCUCUACACUCUAAGAGCCCAGGUAAUAGACAGCACUACUGGAAGGGCUGUGGAACCUGAGUCUGAGUUUGUCAUCAGAGUUUCGGAUAUCAAUGACAAUGAACCAAAAUUCCUAGAUGAACCUUAUGAGGCCAUUGUACCAGAGAUGUCUCCAGAAGGAACAUUAGUCAUCCAGGUGACAGCAAAUGAUGCUGAUGAUCCUUCAAGUGGCAAUAAUGCUCGCCUCUUGUACAGUUUACUACAAGGCCAGCCCUACUUCUCCAUUGAACCAACAACAGGAAUCGUAAGAACAUCUUCUAAAAUGGAUAGAGAACUGCAAGAUGAGUAUUGGGUAAUUAUUCAAGCCAAAGAUAUGCUCGGUCAGCCAGGAGGACUGUCGGGAACAACAAGUGUGUUAAUUAAACUUUCUGAUGUUAACGACAAUAAGCCUAUAUUUAAGGAAAGUUUUUACCGUUUGACUGUCUCUGAAGCUGCACCCACUGGGACUUCUAUAGGAAAAAUCAUGGCAUAUGAUAAUGACAUUGGAGAAAAUGCAGAAAUGGAUUACAGCAUUGAAGAUGAUUCUCAAACUUUUGACAUAAUUACUAAUAAUGAGACACAAGAAGGAAUAGUGAUAUUAAAAAAGAAAGUGGAUUUUGAGCACCAGAAUGACUAUCGUAUAAGAGCAAAUGUUAAAAACCGCCACGUUGAUAAGCAGCUCCUGAAAUACCAUGAGGAAGCUUCCAGCACCCUCAUUAAGGUCCAGGUGGAGGACGAAGAUGAGCCUCCUGUUUUCCUCCUCCCAUAUUACCUAUUUGAAGUCUUCGAAGGCGGACCGCAUGGAUCAUUCGUAGGCACGGUCUCUGCCACAGAUCCAGAUCAGAGGAACUCUCCUAUCAGGUAUUCUAUUACGAGAAGCAAAAUGUUCAGUAUUGAUGACAAUGGCACAAUAAUCACAACCAAUGCUCUCGAUCGAGAGAUUAAUGCUUGGUACAACCUAAGUAUCACAGCCACAGAAAAAUACAAUGUGCAACAAAUUUCUGCAGUUCCUGUGUAUGUGCAAGUUCUUAAUAUUAAUGAUCAUGCUCCCGAGUUCUCUGAAUACUAUGACACAUAUGUUUGUGAAAAUGCAGACCCUGGUCAGGUAAUUCAGACCAUCAGUGCAGUGGAUAGAGAUGAAUCCAUAGAAGAUCACCAUUUUUACUUUAAUCUGUCUGUGGAAGACACAAAGAACUCAAGUUUUAUAAUCAUAGAUAAUCAAGAUAACACAGCUGUAAUUUUGACUAAUAGAACUGGUUUUAGCCUUCAAGAAGAGCCCCUCUUCUACAUAUCUGUCUUAAUUGCUGACAACGGGAGCCCAUCACUUACAAGUACAAACACCCUUACCAUACACGUCUGUGACUGUGAUGAUUAUGGCAGUACACAGACCUGCAGGAAUAAAGACCGUAUGCUUUCUAUGGGAUUCAGAACAGAAGUCGUACUUGCUAUUUUGAUAAGCAUUAUGCUAAUAUUUGGGUUUAUCUUUUUGAUCCUAGGUCUAAAACAGCGAAGAAAGCAGACUCUGUUUCCUGCGAAAAGUGAAGACUUCGGAGAGAACAUAUUCAGAUACGACGAUGAAGGGGGAGGAGAAGAAGACACCGAGGCCUUUGAUGUCGUAGAGCUGAGAAGCAGCGCCUUCAUGCGGGAGCGCAAGGUGCAGAAGACCGCUACGGCCGAGAUCAGGCGCCUGUACAGGCAAUCUUUGCAGGUGGGCCCCGACAGUGCCAUUUUCAGGAAAUUCAUUCUAGAAAAGCUCGAAGAAGCGAAUACUGAUCCUUGUGCCCCUCCUUUUGACUCCCUCCAGACCUACGCUUUUGAGGGAACGGGGUCAUUAGCUGGAUCCCUGAGCUCCUUAGGAUCGGCAGCCUCUGAUCAGGAGGAAUAUUAUGAUUACCUUAAUGAAUUGGGACCUCGCUUUAAAAGAUUAGCAUGCAUGUUUGGUUCAGCCACUCAGUCAUAUAAUUAGGGGCCUUUUAUUAUUAAAAAGUUUUUAAGAAUGCUAAUAUGUGUUUGGGCACACUGGUAGUCACUUGAGUAGAGUGGUGUUAUCUGGGGGGAAUAUAUAGAUACAUAUAGAGCAUCUUCUGAUUUCCUUGGGGUAAAUACCCCUCGCUUAUUUCAAGCUACCCGCAAGCUGUCAGUGAAUGCAGAUAUGGAGUGAUGCUAACAGUCGGCUCUCCGGUACAUGUAACCGAAAUAUUCCUCUAGCAUUUUUUUCACUACCAUCCAAUACAAAUUCUCAACAUUUUUGGAUGUUUCAUGUGAGAAAGGCCCUGAACUACAUCAACUUAAUAUUAGUUCAUGUAUCCAUUUUUUUUUAAGUCUUACCGAAUGAGAGAAAAAUGCUUCUCUAUUUUAAGUUCCGAUGCUAUAUGGCUAUAUGGAGAUAAACACUUACAGGGAAUCUGAAUGAUUAUAUAAAACUUUUAAAAACUGUUUCUUGCUAAUGAAUAUGCAAGUUUCUGGCUGAGAUUCUACGAUGAUGGGUAGUAGUUUGAUGUUUGAAAAUCAUUGUUAAGACCUCACUUGAAAACUGAUCUCAAAUUUAGACAGAUACUUGUUAUAUGUUACUUAAUCAAGGAUACAGUGUAAAUUUGUAUUAUCUUUGAUAUUACAGAUUUGUAUAAAAAAGGGGGCAUGAAAAAAUGUUUGGGAGUUUUCUAUAAGUUAUUUUUCUACGUAACCAAAGCAGAGCUUUGGCAUGUCACAAUACAACAAAAUAUAUGUUGACGUUUACACAACAUCCAAUUGAAACUUUAUUAUAAUUGUGGAAAGUGUGAAAAACCGUUAAGUGAAUUUUAUUGCUACUAAAAAUGAUAGCAAUAAGUGAAAGGAGUAUUUGAUUCAAAGUUGAAUUACUAUUCAUCCAAAAUAUUAUGAUCAACUGUACGGAUUCUCACCACUCAUAGAAUAAAACAUAAGAUUCUCAGCAUUUCCUUUUCUAUUAAGAGCUCAGACUGUAACUGGUUCUUAAGUGUCAUAUUUUUAUUAUGGAAUAUAAAAUUAGGUGCAAUAGUUACUUUUAUUGUAACAUUAUGAAGAAAGCAUGGUAGGCUGCCGGACCUGGUAGCAUCCAGAUAACAAGAUUUAUGACAACAUUAGAUAAUAAGGCAGUAAAACACCUUAAAUUUAAUGAACAUUUUAAGAAUGAUCCUUAUUAUUCUAUCCCAAUGAAGAUGGAAUUCAAAACUCAUAGGUUGAACAGAAAGAAAAGAAUGAAUAAAAUGUCCUCAAAAUUGUUUUGUAUCUUCAUUUCUUAUUAACAGCGUGUGAAAAUGAACGGAACCAAAUUGACCCUAUGUAUUAAAUAAAAUAUUUUGGAUUAUUUUUAGCUGAAGAUAGAGGAAUUGAAUGGCUAUAGUAUUUUGCUUUCUCUGUACUUUCAGACAUAUGCACCAUACCAUGUAAUAGAAGAGUGGUUUUUCAUCAUUGUCAAUUCAGGUACCGUUGUGUAGGCAGCAUAGAGAUCUUGAAAAAAGCCCAAGACUGGAAAUCAACAAUUUAGGAAAAUAUUAAAAGUAGAUGAGAAGUCAUAAGCUGUAGAAAAUCCUUAUGCAUUCGUAUCAUUAUUUACUUAGGCAAGUGUAAGAAUAGGAAACAAGACAGAAUGUUAAAACAGAAAAACUUGCAAGUAAAAUAGAAAUGUAUGAGUUGAGAGAACAUUUGUAUUUCUAUCAUAUGGACAUAAAAAUUGGAAGAGUAUAGUCAGGGGUAGUUUCAGGAAUUAUUCCAUACAGGAUUAUUCCUUGUAUUUAAAAAAUAGUGCCCUGUACUCUUGGUUGAAGAAAUGGCAAGUGUGAUGAACAACAGAUAAAUGAAUCUAUGGAAAAUGGGUGAGAGAAAAAAAAUGGGGUUUCUGAGGAUCUAAUAGGUUCUGUCAUGGAUGAAAGCCUUAUGCACAACCUACCAAUUUUGGAUGAAGACUUUAUAAAACGUACAUCUGCAUUAACAGGGUUUCAAGUUUGAGUCCAAUGGCACAAAGCGGAUGUGUUAAAAUAAGUUCUGGCUUGGUUAAUGAUAGGAUUGUUAAUCACAGGUACGUAGGAAAAGCGCAUACAUGGAGCUCUAGCAAAUAUCCACCUGCUAGUUGCAAAGUGUCCUUUUAAGGUAUAUCAAAAAUACUAUCUGAUUCUAGUAUAGAAGUUGCAAUUUCCUGGAAAUUAUACUUGGUCAUAUUUCAAUAAAACUUAACUUUUUGUGGUGUUUCAGGAACAGGGCUGUAUCCUAAGCUAAAGACACGGCAUUAAGAUCUCAUCUUUGUGAAUUUUAAUAAAGGCUAAAUCAAUGCAGAUAUUUAUGAAAAUAGCACAGCUUCACACUAAUAGCUGCAGUGCUUAAAUAUCAGCCUUAGUUAACUCACAGGUUCAUGUAGAAGUCUUCAAUUACUGACAGUUGAAACCAGAAAAUAUGUAAGGUCCUUUAUAGGGAUCAGAAAACCGCUAGUGAUACGAGGUGUUUCCGAAGCAUGUGCGGUUGAGCCCGCCAGAGCUGAGCAUGAAUGAGUUCAUUUUUGUUUAAAUCACUGUGUGAACUUUGUCAAACCGCCUUCUGCUUCCAGAUCAGAGAUUGCAAUCUGGAACAUAAGGUCCCAUCCACCUGUUUCACAUGGUUGUUGUGACCAAUGAGUAAAAAUAGUGCCAGCAGCACCUGACCCAGUAAAUAACCCCCUCGUGAUGAUGGCUGAUGUCAUUCUGCUGGAACACACAGACCCCUUUAUCUUCUAGGACUGAGGGAUCUCGCCGGCUCCACGGCAUGUUGGAAAUAGAAACCAACUUUCUGACCUGACAUAUAAGGUCACGUGGUAUUCUGUCCUUCCCAUUUCUGUAUUUUCUUAACUCUUCUGGUCUCAUGUUCUAGGCCUGAAACAAUCUGUCCUCAACAUUUCUCCUUUUCAUUCCCGCCCUUCAUUCGGCUCUGUGAUCAAUGGUGAUUUUCUCUGAAAGGCCUGCCUGACUCUUGUCCUCUACUGUGGCCCAUGCUCUGUCUUGUUUUUAUUCAAAUCACUUAGCCACCUGGUAUCAUAAUACAUACAUACAUUUUUUUACUUGUUAUGUCUUUAUCACUGAUUAGAAUGUAAACCCUAAUGGGUAAGGAAUUGUCUGUGUCGUUCAUUUGUUCUUGUCUAAAAUUGUUUGUAGCACAUAGUAAGUGGACCAAUAAAUAUUUCUCAACAUAACAAUGAA